AUGAAAUUUUAGCUCAAUUAAACGGUAACGUUCGCAUGCUCGGAGUGUUGGAUUUGCGUUCAAAGGAACUCACUCGGUUUGUUGUUUUCCGCUGAAGCGGAAAAGGAGAAGAAGAAAUGGCUUCGGUUGAUGUUAUCAAAUCUUGCAUCGAUUCCAUUAGACAGAUAUCAGAGCAUAUUGAAGGUGCUAUUGUUUAUUUAGAUGCUGGAUCUACGGAGAGUUUCCAAUUUAUCGGGGCAUAUCCUGUACUUCUAGAUCUUGGAGCACGAGCUAUAUGCAGUUUGGAAAACAUGUGUGCACUUGAUUUGGUUGUUGAUUGGAACUCACGUUCUGAUCCUGCGGGGAAGCUUGUAGUUAUCACAUCGCGUCUACUAAGUGAUGCACAUCGGUAUAUUUUACGCUGCCUGAGCACACAUCAAGUUGUUCAUCAUUGCAUUAUAUUUACAUCUAUCUCAGAGAUAGCUCACUCAGCAUUUCCUGAUUCACCUCUGGGACCAGAUGCAUAUCAUGAAUAUGAAUCCUUAUUGGUUCAAGAUUAUGAAGAACUAAUUAAGAAAUCUGGAACAAAAUCUGGACAGGCAAAACUUAACUUUGAAGAUGGAGGACGUCCACAGUUUCCUUCUACCAAAGAGGAUGUUCCUCAUCUUGAAGCUAGUUCAAGUGGAAGAGAUUUUUAUGAACACAAUCCAUUAGACUACAUUGAAGAUGCAGUGCUGAAAUUGGCAGUUUCUGUUCAUCAUUUUCCCAUGAUUUUUUGCCCCAUUUCACCAAGAGUAUUUGUUCUACCUUCAGAAGGAUUGGUGGCUGAAGCAUAUUUAUCAGCUGAACAUGAAGAUUCCAUUAGUCCUGGUUUGCCUCCCUUGAGUACUGGCGUGCUUUCUGAUGCUGAUGAUGUACCUCCAGGGGCAACUCUUACUGCACACUUUCUCUACCAAUUGGCGGCCAAGAUGGACUUGAAAAUGGAAAUUUUCUCCCUUGGGGAUAUAUCAAAAACUGUUGGAAAAUUUUUGACAGACAUGUCAAGUCUUUAUGACGUAGGCCGCCGAAAACGAUCAGCAGGGCUAUUGCUCAUUGAUCGCACACUCGAUCUCCUCACUCCUUGCUGUCAUGGGGACUCACUUAUUGAUCGUAUGUUUUCUUCUGUGCCUCGUAGAAAUAGAACAACUUCCCAUGCCCAAGGUAAAGGUUCAGGAAACCAACUCAAACUUGGUUCUUCCAACAUGCAGCGUGCUCCUUUAGAUGUUCAGAUACCACUUGCAAAGAUCCUUAAUGAGGAAGAUAGGCAACUAGACAAUUUUCGGCUUUUAGAAUGUGUUGAAGCUUUUUUGAGUGGGUGGAAUUCUGGUAAUUGUGAUUCUCAGAUUACAGGCUUGAUUAAUCCUAGUCAGAAAAUUCAUGACAAGCCUAGUAACUCUGACAUAGAGAUACUUACUGGGUCUUUUGUCUCCUCUGAGAAUUUUCGUGGAAUGCCGUUGUUGGAAGCUAUACUAGAUAGAAGAACAAAAGAUGGGGCCUUACUGGUAAAGAAAUGGCUACAAGAAACUCUGCGCAGGGAAAAUGUUACUGUGAAUGUGAAAUCUCGUCCAGGUCUUGUUACAAAGCUAGAGUUGCAAGCUAUGAUCAAAGCAUUAUCCAGGAGCCAAUCAUCUUUGUUAAGGAACAAAGGAAUUAUCCAAUUAGCUGCAGCCACGUUAUUAGCCCUUGAGGAAUCAAAUUUUGCCAAAUGGGAUGCAUUUAGCAGUGCGGAGAAAAUUCUGAGUGUAAGUUCUGGUGAAACCAGUCAAAGUCUUGCUGCUCAAAUUGGUGAUCUCAUCAAUAAAAGUGCUCUGUUGGGAUCACACGCAAAUAAAGGAAAUAGGGAGAUCUCAAAGGGUGUACUUUCUUUCCUAGAUGCUUUGCUGUUGAUGAUCGUUGGAUAUAUAUUGGCUGGUGAGAAUUUUCCAACAUCUGGUUCUGAUGGGCCAUUUUCUUGGCAAGAGGAACAUUUGUUAAAAGAAGCCGUUGUAGAUGCUCUUCUUGAAAAUCCAUCAGUAGCAAAUCUCAAGUUUCUAGAUGGACUAAGGGAAGAGCUUGAAACUAAUGUAAGCAAGUUAAAAUCAGAAGAAGCUGCUGAAGAACCUUCAAAACUAGAGAUUGAUGAUUUUGAUGAUGAUCAGUGGGGCAAAUGGGGCGAUGAAGAUGGUGAUGAUGACAAUAAAAUCGAACAAGUGUAUGGUGACAUGCAACUGAAGUUGGAGUUGCGUGAUAGGGUGGAUAACCUUUUCAAAUUUCUUCAUAAGUUAUCUAAUAUGAAAAGAAAGAAUAUACCACUGAGGGUUGGAUCAUUGACCGUUGAAGGCCAUUUCGGUGAGGAUACCUAUAUGGGAAAAGGAUUACUUUAUAAGCUAUUAACAAGGGUGCUGGGCAAAUACGAUGUGCCUGGGUUAGAAUAUCAUUCUUCCACUGUGGGGCGACUGUUUAAGAGUGGGUUUGGAAGAUUUGGCCUUGGUCAGGCCAAACCAAGUCUUGCCGAUCAAAAUGUCAUUUUGGUGUUUGUUAUUGGGGGCAUUAACGGAGUCGAGGUGCGUGAAGCUCAUGAGGCAUUGGCUGAAAGCGGAAGACCUGAUAUAGAGUUACUUGUUGGUGGAACAACUCUUCUUACUCCUGAUGACAUGCUCAAUUUACUGCUAGGGGACUCGAGUUACAUUUAAUUCUUUCAUCAUUAUGAAAAGUGGGGGACAGAAAUCAAAUUGAAUUUGGUUUUCCCAAAUCCUGUAUGUUG